UCAUGUAUCUGUCAUGUACAUGUAUACCUCUGUCUGUGGUGUAAAGAGGAUAGGCAAAUCUGUGACUUUUUCUAUGGGCCAACGACUAGUUAUAUAGAAAUGCUUUAGUCUUAAGUGAAACAUAAAUCAUUUUGUGUUAUAAAUUUAUUUCCUUUAAACAUAGAAAUAAGAAUGAGAAAUGGAUGAAUCACCUAGUAAAAAACGACGAAAAGCAAAAUUUAAGGAAAUAACCACCACUCUUUCGAAGGAAGAAUUAAUCAGAAGCUUGAAGACUGCAGCUCAAGAGCUGACAAAUGUUGAGCAAGGAGACAGCACUUCUGAAUUCGACCAGUUUACUGCUUCACUAGCUACAUCCUACAUUUUCAAGCACAGGGAUAAAGAUGUUAAAUCCUAUGCUGCAUGUUGCCUUGCAGAUUUACUCAGAAUAUAUGCACCAGAACCUCCGUUCAAUGAAAACCAAUUAAAGAACAUAUUUCGUUUGAUGUUACAACAACUCAAAGGAUUGGAAAAUGUACAGGGUCCAUCAUACAAGCGACAUUUUUAUCUUCUUGAGAGUUUAGCUUUGGUUAAAACAUUUAAUGUUUGUAUGGAGUUGGAGGCCCACGACAUAAUUAUUGACUUGUUCAAGUUAUUUUUCUCUGUUGUCAGCGAGCAUCACAACAUAAGAGUAAAGAAUUUUAUGUUGGAUGUGAUGUGUCCUUUGAUUCAAGAAGGAGAUGCCCUCCCUCAAGAGAUCUUAGAUGCCAUCCUUUUGCACCUUAUUGAGCCUAGAAAGAGCAAAUAUAAAGAAGCAUACAAACUGGCUUGUGAUCUUCUCGACAGAUGCUCUGCAUCAAUUGAACCAUACGUACAGUUGUUCUUCAACAACACAAUGGUGCUUGGUGCAAGUGUGGAGUCUGAUCUUGGAGAACAUAUGUAUGAUCUUGUGUAUGAACUUUACAAAGUAAACAAAAGUGUUUUACUAUCAGUAUUACCACAACUAGAAUUCAAACUAAAGGGUAAUGAGGAGAGUGAGCGUCUACAAGCAGUCAAGUUAUUGGGUAGAAUGUUUGCGAAUGAGAACUCUUCUCUUGCAGAAAGUAACAAGGCAUUGUGGAACUGUUAUCUUGGAAGGUUUUUGGAUAUUUCCUAUGAUGUCCGAGUAGAAUGUAUUCGAAUGGCAAAACAAUUUUUGUUGUCUUCGUCAACACAUUUGAGAUCUGAUGUCACAGAUCAACUUUAUGAUCGAUUUCAUGACCCAGAUGAGAAAGUUCGAUUGGAAACAGUCAUCACAGUAUGUGACACAGCUGUGGAUAACUUUGACUGUGUCAGUGACAAGCUUAUUGAAGGUGUUCAAGAAAGAAUGAGAGAUAAAAAGUGGGUUAUUCGUAAAGAGGCAAUCACUUGUAUUGGAAAGCUGUAUAAGAAGAUAUUUGCCAGUGGUAACAGGAACAGCAUGGCUAGAAUGUCCUGUACACCAUCCAAAGUUUUGCAUUUAUACCAAAAUACAAUGGAAGACAGAUUAUGUAUAGAGCGUGUCCUUCAUGGAUGUUUCGUGCCAGUUUCAUUGAAUAUGGAAGAUCGGAUGAAAAGACUGUUUGAUGUUUACAACUCCUUAGAUGAAGUAGCGACUAAAAUCCUUGAUGGAAUGUUGAAAUACAGAGCAAAAGUCGGUCGUGAUUUUUGUGCACUUCUUGAAAGCCACCAAAAUGAUGAGCUAACUGAAAAAGAGAAAGAAAAAAUGUUAUACCGAAGAACUGUGGCUGUUGCAAGAAAUUUACCUGAACCAUACAAGACACAAGAACAUUUAAAAAAAUUAAUGCUGCUGUGUUCUGACAAAAAAAUUUACCAACUCCUUAUAACGUGUACAGAUACGAAAGAAGAAUGUCCAAAAAUUAUAAAAGCAGUUACAGAGUUAAUUAAAAAACUGACUUCAAAAAAUCCAAUCUUGGAUACUGUAAAAUCAUUGCUUGACAGAGCAUGCCCUAUGUUAAUUGAUUCACCAAGUUUCGUGAUAUUGUUAAAACAUAUAAAGAAAUAUAUUGAUCUGUUGGGUGAUGAUGAUGACGAUGAUAACGAUGAUGAACAUGAAUUGAUGAUGAAAGGAAAAGCGGGUUUAAAAUUAAUACAGAUUCUUGCAAAUGUACAACCGACUGUAUUUCAAAGUAAAGCAUGCUAUGAAAUUCUUUUGUUGUUUAUAAAACACGACGACAAGGAAAUUGUUGAGUUUACAUUAAAAGCUCUUGAGCCUGUUAUAUCAGAAUUGGAAGAUGUUGAUAAAAAUUUAUGCAGUUGUUACCAACCUGUACUUAGUAAACUGGCAACCCAUGGUUCUUUUCACCAAGCUAAAUAUGCGUUACGCUGCCUUAACCAAAUGUUGAAUGAUUCAACACUAGUCUUUGAACGGAUAUUUAAGAAUUUGUUGCAAAACUUGAAUUUUGAUGGUACGUCGUUGAAACUAAGAUCAACCAUUGCUGCAAUGAGUGAAAUAGCAAAGUUAGCACCAAAUAUUUUUGAAUCAAAGCAUAAGAUUAUCAUAAAAGAUUUUGUUGUUAAAGAACUUCUUAUAACUGAUAGGGAGGAUUCAAGUAAUUCUGAGGAAAGCGAAGAUGAGUGGUGUCGUGACUCUGAUGUUUCUGAUGACACUUUAGUAAAGAUUGAAGGUAUAAAAUUAUUAACUCACUGGCUACUGGGUUUACAGAGCGAUGAAAAAGAACGUGCGAAAGCAGUAUUUCGACUUUUUGAGACUUUGUUAAGUCACGACGGAGAUUUAAGUGGAAAUGGAAAAAUUAGUACACAGAGUAGAUCUCGGCUUCGUUUGGCAGCAAGUUUAGCAAUGUUAAAACUAGUACAGAAUGUGAAUUUCGUUGACGUCAUAACUUUGGAACAAUAUCAACAACUUGCUCUAGUUAUGCAAGAUUCGUGUUUUGAAGUGCGGGAAAAAUUCACAGCCAAAUUGCAUCAUGCGUUGGAAAGUUUGCAACUAUCACUAGACUACAUGGCUUUUUUUGUUCUUGUUGCUGUCGACCCCUCCAAGGAAAGAAAAACAAAGGUAAAACAAAUGAUCGCUAAAAAUGCUCAAACAAGAAGAGACUAUAGUAAGCUACACUCGACUGCAGCAGCUCGCCCUUACGCAAUUUUACCUGAGUACAGUGUACCAUAUGUUGUUCAUCUUCUUGCACAUCAUCCAGACUUUAAUCCAAAAGAUGUCAAAUCUCUACAGGAAGUGAAAGAAUAUUUGUGGUUCUAUCUGGAGCCCAUUAUGGGUGCUAAAGCAGAGAAUUACAGCUUUUUGAAAAAACUUUUGGAGAACAUCAAACAAACGCGAGACAAACAGGAUCCUGACAAUGAAACUGCAAACGAAAAAAUGUAUACGAUAUGCGAUCUUGCUGUCACGUGUAUUAUGACUAAGAAUCAUACUUUUACGUUGAAAGACUUUCCUGGGAAUCUUGUUUUACCGAGAAAGUUAUUUAUAGAAGAUAAGACUAUAAAUAGCACAAAAACAUACCUUCCAAAGGGAUUUAUCUUUUCUCCAAAGAAGAAAGCACCUCCACUUGACGUCAAAGUGAUCUCCCAUAGUGACGACAAAAAGGAAAGAAAACAGAACAGUGCUUCAAAACGUUCUGUGCAGAUAUCCGAUAAUGAUAACGAGGAAGACGAAAGCCCUCGAAAAAAAUCUCGCAUUUCUUCCAGCACAAAAAAGAAAAAGACAGCUAUAGCAGCUUCUGAGAAGGAAGUGAAAAAUGUUAAGAGAAAUUUGUCAAAAUCUAAAAUGAAAAGUCCGAUAAAGAAAACAUUAAAAUCUCCCUUAAAAAGAAAAGGAAGCCCAAUGAAGAACAGUCCGAAAAAAAUUCCUUUAAAAAGCCCAAAGGCUAAGGCAAGCCCUGCAAAGAAAACGAGCGGCAAAAAAAGCCUUCUCACCAAAGUGGUUACCAGAAAUAGCCCGUUAAAACAACCCAGCCCAAAUAAAAGCCCGUCAAAGAGAAGUAGCAGAAAAAGUCCAGUAAAAAGAGGGACAGGUAAAAAGCAACUGAAGAUGGAUUCGUUUUUAAAUGGAAGAAAUAAAAGCGAAGAAGAUUCCGAGGUUGAAGACAUGGAUGCUGUUGUUCCAGAUGAAAAACCUGCCUCAAAAUCUCCAAAAAAAUCACCGAAAAAAACAGUAAGCAGGCUUCGAUUGACGAAGAAAAAAGGAUACGAAAAUGGUAUGGAUGUUGCAGGUAGUGAUUCAGACGAGAUCCCAUUAAAAGAAUUAGCGAACUCUCCAAAUAAGAAUACUUUAAUACAAGUAGAGGAAAAGCCUGGGAAACUAAAGAUACGACGAAAACAACGUACAAGGAGAUAGGUGAUGAUUAUUGUAUGAUUAUACGAAUAUAUAGUAAUCGCUGCGUGUUUAACAUACGUGACUGUUUCGCCUGAGAAACAAUUAUCCGUGUUUAAUGAUUGUUCCGUGGUAAUAAAUGAUUAAGAAGACGUUCCAGUGAAUGAUAUUCCUGAUUUUUAACUUAUAUACCAAAAUGUAGAUAUUUAUUGUGAUAUUAUAUUUUUAUCACUUAGAAAAAUAAUUUUUGCUUUCAAUUUAUAACUACAUGUUUUUUUGUAUUUUAAGUGACGUCACAUUCUCUGCACUUAACUGCACAGACUUGAUAACUUUGAAUGUAUGUACCACACCAACAAAGUAUUCACCAGAAUUCUCGUUUAAUGCUGUUAAGAGUGCUGUCUAUUACCAAAGGUCAAACCCUUAGAUUUAGUAGUAUCUUCUUUAAGUUUACAACCUUCCGCGUUGUGCUUGAUUCAUUUUUGACAUUUUUUAUGCAAACUUACAAUUACGUUGUUGUAUAUACUUGUUCUGAACAGUUAAAAAAAGGCUUAUGCUAGAGGUGUUAA